UUCUUUUGUCAGUUUCAUUUACAAGGAAACGGUAACCUAAACGGAGUUCCACUUACUCUCACACAAACACUGAGAUCAGAUACCCGACGGCAGCAGACUAACGCAGGAUGAUGAAGAUGUCAGGAAGAGUCACGAGUUGCUGCGUAGCUCUGUUCUUUGCCCUGACUUCUGUGUCGGCUGUACAAAGGCUCCGUUCAAUCAAUGCUUUGCAGAAAAUCAACUAUGGCCAGUCUGUGCCCAAACACAGCCUUGUGCUGCUCUACUGGUUUGCCAACACAGUUGAAAUCGACAAUAACAAUGUCAUAAGGCUGACCUUUGACCCAAACGAUGGAGAUUAUGGCUCACAUCAUUAUGGCAACUAUGAGGGGCUGCUGGACCCACUGCCUCUGGGAAAUAGAUACCGAUACUACACUAUUGGCAAUCUCAAUCAUGAAACCUCCAUGCCACUUCCACUUUAUGUUGUCCGUCCCCCAACAGGGUAUGUGGGAGGAAACAGGGACAGGAUCAUAAUUCGUGUCAGGGAGCAGAACAUAGCAGGGCAAGCUUUGCAGAUAGAUCAAGUGUAUAUCACACAGCAUUAUGACACUUCUGAACAUCAGGGGACACCUUAUGAUCCAGAUCAUACCUACAGGAUCACUACUAACCUCCUGAGACAGAUCAGAGAGUUUUCUGUGGGAGAAAUCCAACAGCAACUGUUGCAUCUCAGAAACCUCUAUGGAAGUAACGCUGAUGUUUUACACAUCAGAAACACAUGGGGUGACCUUGCUUGCCUUGGACUGCUGUUGUAUAUUGUGAUCCAGGAAAAGCACUCUUCUAACAAACACAACAACAGACAUGAAAACAAAAGAAAUAACCAGGCUUCGAAGAGCCACGUUCCUAGAAAUUUUCAAAACCAAGGUUAUGUUGCAGUGAAUAUUAACAAUGAGGACCACGAAACCAGGAGGACGACCGGGAUCUGUAACAACAGCAAGGGGUGGAUCUGUUGUUUUUGUUGUAUUGCCACCAUAGGUUUAAUUUUAUUUAUUUAUUUUAUUUUUAUAAAGAAAAGAUAAAACUACAAAGUGGAAAGAGUGCAAAUAUAAAAGUCUAAGAUAACAAUACGUUGCAAAUAAGGCAAAAUCAGGUUAACACUAAGGAUUAUAAAAUUUGUCAACGGAAGUGAUCAGUGAGAUACAGGCUUGGUAUGACAAUUUUGUGAUGAAAGGUCAAUCCCCCAUCUAAAACCAUGUGCCAUGAUGGGCUCAGAGUCUUCAGGACAUUUGGAACUUUAUAGCUUUAUUUACUAAAUUUCAGUUUGUUAAUAACAGCAGGAUUUCUUCUUAGUAAAAUGGCUUUUACUGUAUAUUAUAAUGCACUGCUCUGCCAUGGUCAUAAAGUUUAGACUUCAUUCAUGCAACAAUGCCAUGCCCCAAAAUGUAUAAAAAUAACUCCCUGACUAUUCAUCCUGUCUUUCAUAGCGAUGAAGAGAAUGUAAAUUUCGCUUACAGAUAAAUGAAAAAGAUAAGUGAACGGUGGUCGGUUACGGACAGCCGUCAUUGAUAAUGUAUUAGCUUUAACAAUAGGAGUGUAUUUUAAUGAUUGUUUUGUAUUAUUUCUGUGGUGUUGGAAAUUAGUGUUUAUUAGUGUGAAUAUUAAACUACAAUUUGUCAAACUGA